AUGAAAAUUCCAUUAGACGAACAUACUUUAACGGGGCAAAGUGGUCUACCUCUGAAAAUAGUGGGAAUUUCUAACAGCAAAUGGAUUACUGAAAAUGUAUCCAUAUCCAUUUAUUCCGGCAAAAAGUUUAAAAAAAGUGCUUCAACAGUCAAGUGUAUCGCUUUUCCCGAAAAGCGUUACCACAUCGCAACCAACUCUUGACUGGAAGCAAGUUACCGAGCCUCAAGCAGUUCGAUCCAGCAGUUUUUAUGAAAUUCCCUAUCCGCAUCCAUGGCCAACUCAUAACCCUUUACCUGAACAAUGCGUUACAAAUGAAUUACUUGAUCCUGGCUUAGCUUCAAAUAAUCUGUCCCAUCAACCAAUUAUAUUUCCAAACUUGGUAAAUGGAUUCGAACGAAAUCCUACUGCUGCAGCUCGAUCCUAUCACUCAGAAAAUACUAACUCUAGUGCUGCUCGUGCUGCUCUGUACACUCGAUAUACUCCGUCGGAAUGGUUUAAUUCGAAUAUGGCUACAUUUACCGAGUCCGAUAUAAACAGGAACCAAUCCGAACGUUUGCGAAAUGAUGCCGUUAGAUUAAUGCGGCAAACAGAUGAGAAAACUUCGCAAUCUCAACGGGAUGCCGGCCGUAGGCUGGGCGAACGGUUAACGGAUUUAACAUUCUGGCGGAACGAAUUGAAUACCGAAUUGGAAAAACUAUUGUCCGAGUAUGCGUUGUUGUCGGACACUCGUCGAAAGACGAAUAAAGCUCUGCAGGAUCUUGAUCCGCCUCUGCACAUAGCUCAGGAAUGUCUGUAUCACAGAGAAAGUCGACAAGGAAUCAAUAAAGUUCAUGAUAACGUCGAGAAAAGUCUUUUGACUGAAGUUGAUAAUUUACGAAAUUCUCAAGAAAAGUUGAAAAUGUGCCUGGACAUGAUUGAUAAACAACUAUCCGAUUUGAGAGCAUGUCAACACGCACUCCAAGAAGAUAUUAUUUAUAAAGAGUCGACAUUGGAAAUAGACACUGUUUGUCAUAAGUUGAGCAAUUUCAGUCGAGCAAUUAACUAUUUCGAUGGAAUUGAAAAAUAUGAUCCGACAAUUAGCAGCAUUGAAACGUGGUCUAGGGCCACCAGUCUCCGAAUCAACAAAUCGCAAGAAGAGCGCGGUAAAUCGGCCCAACUUCGUAGUAACACUGACACUUUAAUCAAUAGCGUUGCAUCAUUGACUUGGAAUAGUUGGAGCGGUACAAAUAAUGCACUAAACAAACGGUCAUCGGAAAUGUGUGAAGCAAAGAACAAUAUGCAAUUACACUUGCAUAAGACACAGCAGGAGAUUUUCGACAUUGAAAGGAAUAUCGACUUGUUGAGAAAAGCCAUUCAAGACAAAGCGAAUCCGUUAAAAGUAGCCCAAACACGUUUAGAAGCUAGAGGACACCGGGCUGGUCUCGAACAGUGCAAGGACUUUGCUCAUGUUCGACUGGUGCAAGAAGUUCAUGAAAUUCAAGAGUCCAUUAACGUACUGCAUCGCAAACUAAAGGACGCUGAAGGUCAACAUCAACAUUUGCUACAAACGAAGGCCAAUCUUGAAUCCAAUCUUAAAAAGAAAGUGAACGCACUCUUCAUCGAUCGGGAAAAAUGUAUGGGAAUUCGUCGUUCUUUUCCCGUCGAUAGUUUGAUCAAAUAUUAAAAAAUGUGAUCCAGCUUACUACACUCACAAACAUCAUGUUCCUAGAUCAACUUAGUCUUCACCUUAGGCUUUGUUUUGUUGUUUUAUAAAGCAUUCUCGGUAUACACAGUCAAUAACAUGCUUGCCACUUGCCAUCAUAAAUUGAAAUAAAUAAAAUUUUACGAAUCUUGAUCGAG